GUUUUGGUCCCAAGAGAAACUUGGCUUCUAUACAUAAGUCCAAAAGAGGUACACGAAAUUCUGGCUUACUAGAGGUAUUUUGUGGUUCGUUCACUCUAUUUCCAUAUGACUCAGAUCAUCUAAGUUCAAAAAGAAGACCACAAAUUCUUAGAAACUCUUUACUAGAAAAUCUUGACGAAACUUGAAGAAUACAAGCAUGGAAUCAAUGAUCAGGAUAAUUCUGCUAAGCUUGAUAAUCUUCAUUACCAUCCUCUUUUUCAUAAAACAGAAAAAAGGGAAGAAAAGCAACACACCUGCGUCACCACCGAGACUUCCGUUGAUAGGAAACCUUCAUCAACUCGGUCGCCACCCUCACCGAUCACUAUGCUCUCUCAGCAAUCGUUACGGCCCUCUUAUGCUCCUUCGUUUUGGCCUUGUCCCCGUUCUUGUAGUCUCUUCCGCAGAUGUGGCUCGAGAUAUUUUGAAGACGUAUGACCGCGUUUUUGCAAGCCGGCCACGGUCAAAAAUCUUUGAGAAAAUAUUUUAUGAGGCCCGUGAUGUGGCCUUAGCUCCUUAUGGAGAGUAUUGGAGGCAAAUGAAGAGCGUGUGCGUCCUCCAUCUCCUCACCAACAAAAUGGUCAGAUCCUUUCGAAACGUGAGACAAGAAGAGAUCAGUCUGAUGAUGGAGAAGAUCCAGAAAUCAAGUUCUUUGCAAGUGAAUCUAAGCGAGCUCUUGGGGAGUUUAACUAACGAUGUGAUAUCUAGAGUUGCUUUGGGACGGAAAUAUAGUGAUGAAACGGAUUUUAAGGAGUUAAUGAAAAGGCUCACGAAGCUACUGGGCGAGUUUUGUGUGGGGACUUAUGUACCAUGGCUUGCAUGGAUUGAUUGGAUCAGCGGUUUGGAUGGACAACUAAAAAAGACAGGUAAUGAUCUUGAUGAAUUCUUGGAGAAAGUUGUCCAAGAUCAUGAAGAUGGCGACGCACAAAGGACUGACUUUGUGGAUGUAUUGCUCAGAAUCCAGAGGGAGAAGAGCGUCGGGUUUGAAAUCGACCGGUUAAGCAUAAAGGCAAUCAUCUUGGAUGUUGUUGUGGGUGGUACGGAUACAUCGUACGCACUUAUGGAGUGGGCAAUGACAGAGCUUCUUCAUCGCCCAGAGUGUCUGAACAGACUCCAAGAAGAAGUCCGUACGAUUUGUAAGGGAAAUUCGAGUGUAUCAGAAGAUGACAUCAAAGACAUGAACUACUUAAAAGCUGUGAUCAAAGAGACUAUGAGGCUACAUCCUCCACUUCCAUUGAUGGUUCCUCACGAAUCAACACAAGAUGUCAGAUUAGGAGAUUACCACAUACCUGCGGGUACACAGGUAAUGAUCAAUGCUUGGGCGAUCGGGAGAGAGGCUGCGACGUGGGGACCAGACGCGGAGAAGUUUAGACCGGAGAGACAUUUAAAUUCGUCUGUCGAUUUCCGAGGUCACAAUUUUGAGCUUAUUCCAUUUGGAGCAGGGAGAAGGAUUUGUCCAGCAAUAUCAUUCGCUGUGAUCUUGAUUGAGGUGACUUUGGCUAACUUAGUGCAUCGGUAUGAUUGGAGAUUACCGGAGGAAUAUAUAGAAGAUCAAACCAAUGUCGCUGAAUCAACCGGUAUGGUGAUUCACCGUUUAUUCCCUCUUUACGCCAUUGUAUCAUCUACUACUUGAUGGAUGCAUUAUACAUAAAUGCUUACUAUUAUGUUAUGUCUACAAUAAACAUGUUUACUCAUUUGAAAAUGUUGCUACCAAAGAGAAGUUUGAGAUUUUAAAGUCUCAAGUUCCUAAACUAAUUUAGAAAGCCAGGUGAGCUUACUUGAUUUAUUGUUAUGUUCAACAAGCAUCAUUAGUCCCUUCUCAAGUG